GCUCGGUCGAGUCAAAGGUGUGCUUGUCGACGACUCUCAGCGGACGACAGUGCAUGCUCAGAGCUGGCACACGACGGAUCAGCUGCUCUCUCUCUUCAUCUUUGCCUCAUACACUCUUUCGAGCGGAUCUUCAUCGAGCGACCAUGGCUAAUGCCAGUCAGACUGCCGGAUUGGCACUCAAUGGCAACCAUGCUGCUCCUUCAAGCCCCGCAGAGCCUGCUAUGCUCGGACCAGACGGUCAACCCUUGAGCAAGCAGCAGAUCAAGAAGGAACAGAAACGAAUGGCAGGCCAGGCUGCAAAGGAAGCGAAAGCGAAAGCGAAAGCAGCUGCACCUACUUCUUCUGCUAGCAAACCCAAGAAAGAGAAAGCGGCAGCGGUAGAAGAGCAAAAGUUUGUGAACAAGACCAAGAAGGGGGAGAAGAAGGAUUUGAGUGGGGAGAUGGCGAGCGGAUACAAUCCACCGGCCGUUGAAGCUGCCUGGAACGAUUGGUGGCAGGCUUCGGGAUUCUUCAAACCCGCCCUCACUGCCCAAGGGGAGAUCAAGCCGGAAGGUGUCUUCAUCAUUCCUGCUCCACCGCCCAACGUGACCGGCAGUCUCCAUAUCGGCCACGCACUCACUAUCGCCAUCCAAGACGCGCUCAUAAGAUGGAACAGAAUGCUGGGUAAGACAGUUCUGUUCAAUCCGGGCUUCGAUCAUGCAGGCAUCUCUACCCAAUCUGUCGUCGAAUCUCGACUGAGACGACUCGAUCCGCCCCAAUCUCGUCAUGAUCUCGGUCGAGAUGCCUUCAUCGAGAAAGUCUGGGCAUGGAAAGAAGACUACCAAGCCAGGAUCACAUCGCAGUUGGACAGACUUGGCGCUUCGUACGACUGGGAUCGCACUGCUUUCACCAUGGAUCCCCAGCGAUCGAAAGCAGUAGCAGAAGCCUGGGUGCAGCUUUACGAUCAAGGCAUCAUCUACCGCGCGAACAGACUUGUCAACUGGUGCACCUACCUCAAUACUACGCUUUCCAAUGAAGAAGUAGACAAGAAAGAGAUCAAAGGUCGUACAUUGCUCAACAUCGUCGGCUAUCCCAAAGAAGAGCGUAUCGAGUUCGGCGUCCUCACCGAAUUUGCCUACCCACUCGUGGGAGAUUCCACUCAACGCAUCAUCGUCGCUACAACUCGUCCGGAAACAUUGUUUGGAGAUACUGCGGUAGCCAUCCAUCCAGACGACAAACGCUAUACUCAUCUCCAUGGCAAAUUUCUACAACAUCCUUUCCUCGAUCGCCAACUACCCAUCGUAUGCGAUGCCGAAUCUGCGGACAUGUCAUUUGGCACGGGAGCGGUCAAGAUCACUCCGGCGCACGACGAGAACGAUUUCAGAACGGCUGAACGGAACAAGCUAGAGAUGAUCAAUAUCUUCACGGAGGAUGGCAAGCUCAACGCUUCUUGCGGACCUGACUGGGCCGGCAUACCCCGCUUCACAGCACGACGUAAAGUCAUCGAUGCGUUGAAAGAGAAGGGACUCUACGUUGGCAUGAAAGAUAACCCUAUGGUCGUACCCAUCUGUAGCAAAUCGGGCGAUAUCAUCGAACCCCUCCUCAAGCCACAGUGGUGGGUGUCCUGCAAAGCUAUGGCUCAAGAAGCCAUCAAGAGAACGCGUGCAGGCGAAUUGAAGAUUACGCCCAAGACGUCCGAAGGCGAAUGGUACACUUGGCUUGAAAAGCUGGACGAUUGGUGCAUUUCCAGACAGCUUUGGUGGGGCCACCGCGCUCCUGCCUACUUUGUCGAUAUUGAAGGCAAGGAUCAAGAUUCGGCAGAUGGGUCGCAUUGGGUUGCGGGCAGGAAUUUAGAAGAGGCACAAGAGCGAGCAGCUGAGAAGUUCAACGGUCAGAGGUACACGCUCAGACAAGACGAAGACGUACUCGAUACUUGGUUCUCGUCUGGUCUUUGGCCAUUUGCCAUCAUGGGAUGGCCGGACAAGACUGCUGAUAUGGAACGCUUCUAUCCUUCGACGGUACUCGAGACUGGAUGGGACAUCCUCUUCUUCUGGGUAGCAAGGAUGGUCUUGCUCGGUCUCAAGCUGACAGGCCAGAUGCCUUUCCGCGAAGUGUUCUGUCAUGCCAUGAUCAGAGAUGCUCAUGGCCGCAAGAUGUCGAAAUCCAAAGGCAACGUCAUCGAUCCGGUGGACGUCAUCGAGUCCAUUACGCUGGAAGGACUUCAUCAGCGGUUACUCGAGGGCAAUAUUGCGGAUCCGAAAGAGCUCGCCAUGGCAAAGGAUGGACAGAAGAAGGACUUCCCCAAAGGUAUUCCCCAGUGCGGCACGGACGCUCUGCGAUUCGCUUUGUGCAACUACACCGGCUCUGGACGAGAUAUCAAUUUGGAGAUAAGCAAAGUAGAAGGAUUCAGAUUCUUUGCCAACAAGCUAUGGAACGCCACUCGAUUUGCUAUGCUCAAGCUCGAUGGUGACUUCGCGCCUGCUGCUACGCCCAAUCCGACUGGCAAAGAGAGUCUAGCAGAACGUUACAUCCUUGACAGACUGCUACAUGCUGCGACCGAAGUCAAUCGCGAGCUGACAGAUCGCGACUUCAUGUCUGCCACGCGUGCGAUCUAUCACUUCUGGUGGGACGAGCUCUGCGCAGUCUACAUUGAGGCGAUGAAGCCAAUGAUGGACGACAGCGCAACCGCUGAACAGCGGCUAUCAGCUCAGAAUACGCUUUACACUUGCCUCGAUCUUGGCUUCAGAUUGCUACAUCCUUUCAUGCCAUACGUCACCGAAGAGCUCUGGCAGCGACUUCCACGACGUCCUAAUGAUGCUACACCUUCGAUCUGCAUCGCCGCUUUCCCAACUGCUGACACGAUCGCGACCAUGUCUGCACCCAGUGCGGUGGCAGACUUUGAGACGGUCAAGUCGUGCAUCGACAACGUACGCUCCUUGGCGGGCAGUGCAGGUAUCGCCACUAAUAUCAAUGCUUUCGUUGUGAUACCCGCUGGUCGGCUACACGACGAGAUCAGCGGCCAGGCGAACAUCAUGACCUCGCUCAUCAAGGGCUGUACUUCGCUCAAAGUUCUCGCAUCGGCUGCUGAGCUGCCCGAGGGAUGCAAUUCGGGCGCUGUCACGGACACUGUUUCCGCUCAUGUCCUCGUCAAGGCAAGUCUGAUGCCACUGAAUGUCGUAUAAGCUGCUCUUACAUCCGUUGCAGGGUUUCGUUGAUGUUGACGCGGAGAUUGUGAAACUGACGAAGAAGAUCGAUUUGCUCAAGAUCAGCUCGGGUACACUCGACAAGGU